AUGGAGACUCGGGUUGGGGGAGAAAGAGCUAAGGAGCUGAUUGACAGGCUUCCGUUUGAUGGAGAAAUUCAUACGGACUCCAUGGGAUAUGCUGGUGGCUUAUGGGUGUUGUGGAACUCUGAUAGGGUGGAGGUGUCUUCUCUCGCCAACAUUGAGCAGGAAAUACAUAUUAUGGUUAAGGUACGAUUUUCUAAUGCUUCCUGGCUUUUUUCUACUGUGUAUGCUAGUCCUAGGAAUGUUGAGAGGCAAGUGUUGUGGAAUAACCUUAUGGAAGUGGCUGGUCUUCAUAAUUUGCCGUGGGUUAUAGCAGGGGAUUUUAAUGAACCUCUGUUAGAUGAUGAUAAGUUUGGUGGCAGAGCAGUUAGUGUUAAUAGGUCAUUAUUAUUUAAGGAGUGUCCAGAUAAAUGCAGUAUGCUAGAUAUUGGUUUCUCCGGGCCUCGGUUCACCUGGACAAACAAAAGGGAAGUUCAAGCUCUUAUCCAAGAAAGAAUUAAUAGAUUCUUUGUUAAUCCUAGCUGGUGCUUGUUGUACCCAGAGGCAAGAGUCACUCAUCUUACUAGAAGCCAUUCUGAUCAUUGCCCUGUGUUGUUGGAGAUGUUGCCUAGGGUUAAUGGUGCUAAAAAGCGACCUUUUAGGUUUCAGACUUGUUGGCUGCUAGAUGCUACUUUUCCAAGCAUUGUCUCUCAAGCUUGGGAAGGUGGGAAUGGGUUAGCUGAUGCCUUAGAUUUGUUUUCAAGGAAAGCUGCUGUUUGGAACAAAUUUCACUUUGGCAGUAUUUUUACUAGGAAGAAGAAUUUGAUGGCUCGGAUAAAUGGCAUUCAGCGGGUUGUUGCCAAUAACCCUUCUAAUUUCCUGCUUAAUUUGGAGAAAGAUCUUUUAAAGGAGUUGGAUUUAGUGCUGAACCAGGAAGAGGAACUCUGGGCUUUAAAGUCGAGAGUUAAUUGGAUGAUUCAGGGUGAUCGUAAUACGGCUUUUUAUCAUGUUUCGACUUUAGUCAGAAGGAAAAGGAACCAGAUUUUGGCUAUUAAAAAUCCAUGGGGGAUUGGAUUUAUGAGGAGGAUGAGAUUAAGAAUGUCAUUACAAGUGGUUUUGAAGGGAUUUUUUCAACGUCUCUGCUUUCGGCUCCUAGAGCUGAUCCUCCUAUUUCUCAAUGGCAACUCAGACUCACAGAGGAGGAAAAGGAGGCUAUUAGUGGGGGUGCAACUGAAGAAGAGAUUAAAAGUGCCUUGUGGUCUUUAA